UCACAAUUGGCUAUAGUUUAUGAGGUAUUUCGAAAUGAAGGUCGUUGGGGUCUUCAUGAGUGACGCUAAGAUCCAUAGCAUUGGACUCAGUUCCCUUCUGAAUGCUAAAAGGAAUGAUCUCCGAUUCCAAAAGGUUUUUUUCGUUUUUCUUUGAAGACGUAUGUGCAUAUAGAUUGACCCGCACACAAAUAUCUCAGAACAGGGACAGUUUGAUGCGAUUCUUCACAAAAUACCUGAAUUCUUGCGGUGCGAUAUCAGCAUGUCAGGUCAACAGAAGAUAAAGAAUUUUAUUAACUACAUAGAAACCAACCCCCACGUUAUCUGUAUAGACCCACCACGUUCAAUAAGGCGCAUAUUAACGAGAUUCGAUCAGUUCUGUAUACUACGAAGUCUUCUGGAAAAGUCAGAAAUAAGAAACCGAGUACUCGUACCCAACUUCUGUCUCUUGUCGCGAAAUGACCCUGCCGAAUUACAUGAGGCUGAUAUUUGUUAUCCUAUAGUUUGCAAGUCACUGAUGGCCCAUGGACAAGACAGUGUGCAUAAAAUGGCUGUGGUUUUCAAUGACUUGGGCCUAGAUGAACUAACAUAUCCUUUAUUUGUUCAACAAUUUGUCAAACAUAAUGGAAAAGUAUUGAAAUUGUUCGUGAUUGGUGAUCACACUUGUGUAACUGAAGUACCUUCUAUCAAGAAUCAUGAUAAAUCUGUAGAUAAAUCUCCAAUAUUUUUCCAUUCACACAGUGUAUCAAAAGAUGGGUGUCAGUCUCCUUUAUCCGAGGCAUGCUGCUCACUUUCCAACAAACCAUUGGUUGGGACAUAUGAUGAAUCGCUUUUCAAUCAAUUGGCAGAUGAAAUUCGUAAAACCUUGGAAAUUGACUUAUUCGGUGUAGACUUGAUAUAUGAGACUGAUAAUGCAAAACUCGAUUCUUCAUCAAAGCCAACAAAAUAUGCUAUCAUUGACAUAAAUAUAUUUCCAAGCUAUAAGAACGUAGAUGGAUUUUUAUUCUACUUAGAAAAUUUGAUCAGACGAAAACUCUCCUUGCCUUUACUUUCUAAGUAAACUUAGUCUCUUUUUUAAAGUGAAAUUUCCUUUUGAUUUGCUAAUCUUAACAGUAAUAGAUUAUUAAUUAUCAUUAUUAUUAUUGAUUGUUAUCAGCUUUACACCGGAUGGAUUAUUUUUACGAUUUGUUUUUGUGAUAAUUCUUUUUUUUCUACAGAGUUUUUGCUCGUCCUUAUUGAAAGUUUUUACAAUAAAAUUAGUUUUUGUUAACUUAUUCGCCAACAUGUAUCUAUGUAUUGUAAGAUUCUUGAUUUUUGAUGCACUUUUGUAACUAUACUACUUAAUACUAGUGAAGAGUAGUAUGAUUUUGUAUUCAUAUAUACAUAAAUCGAUUAUAAACGAUUCAAUGAAGCAAAA